UUUUUCAUAAGUAAAUUAAUCAGAAAACUCUUUCGCAGAAAUAGAAUUUAUUAGAAAUACGACUUUUAGAAAUUCUUAUUUGUUCUUAAACUGUUAAAAAUUGGAAUAUUUGUCGGAGUGGCGAGUCACUGAGCAGAAGCAUUCACAUUACCUGUCGGUUCCGUGGUGUAAAUAGCGUUCUCGGUAAACGAGACCCAGUUUUCCCGGCCUAAGGUAACCUGGCGUGGGGUACUUGACGAACAAAAAAAGUAAAAUAUCUCGGCUGCGCUUCGCGUAACACAGUGCAGUCUACAUGGUAAGCGAACAGAAGAACGACGCGUUGCACAGUGCGUAUCAAAUUGAAUAUCGAAUGAAUUAAAGUCUCUCAAAAAGUUUCUAUCUCUUUUCCACGUUGGUGAAAUGUUCGUUUGAUUAACUGUGAGCAGAUUACAAGAUAGAAUCACCAAUGACACUUCACAAUGAAUUAGCGCUAGUGUAACAUUAGAUGCACGAUUAUCGUGAAAGUUAUAUGAGUGUGGACCUAGUAGGGACGAUCUAUUUGUUUUGACAGAAAAUACAUUUAAAUAUAAAUUAAGAAUAUUAAUAUAUACUGUAAAUUUGAGGAUAUGAAUGGGACAAAGUUAUUCGUUUGCAAUAUCAUUAUCUGGCUAGUGACGUCAUCAAAACUGUUAACGCAAGCCGAAGAAAGGUUGAAUUCGCAAAUCAGUCUUUGCAACGGUCGAAGUAUAAAAGUCUUUCCGGGAAUCAAGUUUUUCUUGGAGGGCGGUAAAAUCAAUAUUCACAUGAGAGUUCACGAACUAUUACAAGAGACGGAAGUGCAGACUCCACGAGGCAAGAACAAGGAGAAUCCUUUACAGAGACUUGGACUCAUAAUGAUGAUGACGCCGCUUAUCAUGCAGAUACUCUCCUUACCGGGCGCUAUAGCAACCAUCAAAAUGUCACUUUUAAGGAGUAUCAUAGUGGCGCAAUUAGCAAUCGCAAUAAUGAUCUACAAUUUGAUCCAAAGUUCGCAAAACUCGGAAGUGGUGGUGAUCCAUCAGCCGCAUCAUCACGCGCACUAUUAUCACAAUUAUCCUGAUAAAAACGACGAUGAGGACGAAUGGUUUGGCAGAUGAAAUAAUACGAACGAGCAACGUGACAAUAAGAAAAUGGCGUGUUCUCAUGAUGUAGGACUAAGCAAUUAUGACUUCCAUUUUCCAAAGCGACACAUUCGAAAGUACGAAUGCCAUCUGUGAUAUAGAGAUUGUGACGCGCGAAUGCAAAACUUAACUUCAAUCAAGUAUCUCGAAAUUAUCCACUCCAUUUUUAUAUAUAAAUUAUUAAAUUAUUCUUUUUCUAUAUACGUUGUACAUAUUUUAUUUAUGUAUGUAUUUUUGAGACGUAUUUUAAGGAAAGAAACUCGUAUUUUUCUCCGAAAAAACAUACAUUCGACUUUGCAACUUUGUUCACUUGUCCGCUUGGUAUUAAGCGGCGAAGUGUUGGUCGUAGGCACGACAUCAAGAUGUCGGCUGACCCACUUUGGCUCUCUUCGGCAUAACGGCAUUUUGGUCCAGAUUCUCGCAUUCGCGUGCAGAACACAUUCAUUCAGGUUCUCCCGUUUCUCUCUCGGUAAAUUCGACAUCGAAAUCGAAAUGAGAAUUCCACCGCGCUUCUCGCCGGAUAAAAAGAGCCUCCGUGGCGGCGGAAAACGCAAACGCGAAUGCUUUUGCGCGAGAAGGAUUCGCGGGCCGAUUGUGCGGCGCAAACACGUCGGAAGCACCGUCAACAAAUGAAUCGCACCAUUCGAGACGUCGAUAUUCGUGAUGCGUAUACGUGCCAGAAACCCACCUUCCGCGAGCGGCAUUCGUUAGUAUGCCACGAGAAUCGCCACUCCUAAAUCGACACUUCGCAAUACAAAAUCGGAUCGACGUGCCGUUUUCUGUACUACAAAAUGCACGACGCGCCACGCGUACACGUCAAAUAAGAAUUAAACGAAUUCGCUUAUCGCGGAAUGUUCAAACAUGAGUAAACAAUUCCUCCGCGUUACGUGGGAGAAUUUAGCUCUUCUUCGCCAAUACGAUAUAUUCCACGAUCGAGUUUCUAAUUUCCAAUCUGUUCCAGAUUGCGAUGGAAAAGUCGAACGAUCGGCGAAUAUAUUAGGAUAGGAACUAGAAAAACAUUGUACUCGGGCAUGAAGCUCGAGUCACGAAAUGCUCUUACAAAACGUCUCAAUAUAUCCGUUUCACCGUACGUUCUCGUCAUGGAAGUGAGAUCUUUUUUUCACAUGGUUUGUCGACUUAGUUGUGAUAUUUGACACUUUCUACAUGUCCGAUUGUAUCGCGCAAUUUUAACUAAACGACAUCGUCUUCGUCGAGCGUCUCCGUGAUUGUUGCUCAUCGUGACCAGAAGUUUAUAACGGUGCCACUUUCGAUGACCACGCGAUUUCUAAUCUCGGGUCCAGCGCGAGUCCAGCGCGUCAUAUAUCAAGAUGAAAUUUUCGAGGCAUAAUUUCCGAAUCGAUGCGAAUCGCCGCCAACGGCCCUGACCCCGAUUCCCAUUUUACCGUGUUGUUCCAUUUUUACGUACGAUAACUCAAAAGACGAGAGAAAAACAUUCUCCGGACUUUCCGGAUAUUUUAUCAAGAUCACCUUUCACGAUUUCGUUAGCGAUUUAUUUCAAUCGAGGCAAAUUAGCUGGUAACGGAGAUUUUCUAGAAUAUGUCACACGCCUCGCACAAUGGCGUUUAAAGUCGUAGGAUUUUUGCUGGCAUUACUCGGUGUCCGAUAUUCGCUGACCUAUGCGCAUCGAACGGGCAUUAAUUUAUUAUAAUCCCGCAUCGUCCAGCACUCCUACGAGCGCCCAUUUCUUAACGAGAAACAACCAUCGUUCUAAGUGUGAGAAAAUAAAACGAAAAGGUCAUCUAAUAAA